AUGUCAAAAUCAUUCCAGGACAAGAUCGUUCUCAUCACAGGUGGUGGGAGUGGUAUCGGACGGGCGACGGCCCUGAAAAUGGCGUCUAUGGGCGCCUCGAUAUCGCUCUGCGAUAUCAACGUACCCAACCUCGAAGCCGUUGCCUCUCAAUGCUGUACCCCCACCCACGCCCAACAAGUAGACGUGGGAUGCACAGCCGAAGUGCAGAGCUUCGUCGAUACCACGCUCGCCAGGUUUAGCAAAAUCGACUACGUCUUCAACUGCGCGGGCGUAAACCCGACCAGCAUACCGCUAGAAGAGACGACGGAUGCAUACUGGGACAAGCUCGUGAACACCAAUCUCAAAGGCUGUUUUCUGGUCACACGCGCUGUACUCCCGCAUCUCCAGCGCGGCGCUGCCAUUGUAAACGUCUCGAGCAUCUCUGGCAUGCGUGGAUCAGCCAUGCAGUCUGUUUACUGUACGACCAAAUUCGGACUCAUUGGCAUGACGAAGUCGCUUGCGUUGGAGCUGGGGCCUAGAGGUAUCAGGGUCAAUUGCGUGGCGCCGGGGUAUAUUGAUACGCCGAGCAAUGCGGGCAUAGUCAAGGGAGGGGAGUUUGUGGAGAGGAUGAGGAUGGGGAAUGCGUUGGAGAGAUUGGGGACGCCAGAUGAGGUUGCGGAUGUGGUGGCGGUUUUGUUUGGGGAGGAGAGUCGGUAUGUGAAUGGGGCGGUGAUGGAGAUUGAUGGGGGUUUGAGAGGAUGA